AUGCAUUGAUUCGCUAACAUUCGCUCUAAAGACUUGCCAAGCCCUCUGUGUGGUCAAGUAGUUUGCUGCCCUGUUUGUUGUAAUAAAAUUGUAGCCAAAUUCCAAAAAGGAUUUAACAGAAAUUCCCAACUCCCCUCGAAAAGUUUUCAUAAAAGUUUCGAGUGUCGCGUUAAGGAUUAAAAAAAAAGAUUAAACACAUAAAAACCAUAAACGUGCUGUGAUUUGGAGAAUUCUUCUGUUCAGGCUAAAUUCUAGACGCAAACAGUUUAGUUCCAAGAGCGUUCGCCCAGUCCAAUAAGCAGUGAAAGUGUUAAAUAUUUCGAGUGCUUAUUGCUAAAAUCAAUUCAAUCAAAAAAUAAAAUAGUAUUCAAAGCUCAAAAACUUUGAAUAAAUUUUUUUAAAUCAAAACUUCUAAUACAAGUUAAAAAACACACAAAACAAAAAAUGAUGGCCGUUGCAGCUGCUCAAAAGAAUCGCGAGAUGUUCGCCAUUAAGAAAUCUUACAGUAUUGAGAAUGGGUAUCCAUCCCGUCGCCGCAGUCUCGUGGAUGAUGCACGCUUCGAGAGCCUGGUGGUCAAGCAGAACAAACAAACGGUCCUCGAGGAGGCACGCAGCAAGGCAAAUGACGCCUCGCUUGAGGAGUGCAUUCAGCAGGCAAAGGGCGACCAUGUGCCCGCCGAGCAAAAAGUCGAGCUGCAGGACGAGCAGCCCAGCUUGGAGCUGCCCGUUGAGGAUGAAUAUGUUGCAGUUGAUGAUAUUGAAACUGAAGCGCCGUUUGACACUAAUGCCGAGCCAGCCGAUGAUGAAGUGCCCACCAAGAACGAUUAUGGCCUCACCGAGGACGAGAUUGUCCUGUCUAAUGCCGCCUCCGAGUCCCCCGAGGCUGAGUCGGCGAUGCAGCGUGCCGCUUUGGUGGUCCGCCUCAAGGAGGGCAUCUCCUCGUUGGGUCGCAUCCUCAAGGCGAUCGAGACGUUCCACGGCGCAGUGCAGCAUGUGGAGUCGCGUCAAUCGCGCAUCGAGGGCGUAGAUCAUGAUGUCCUCAUCAAGCUGGAGAUGACCCGUGGCAAUCUGCUGCAAUUGAUCCGUUCGCUGCGCCAGUCUGGCUCCUUCAGCAGCAUGAAUCUGCUGGCCGAGAACAACAUUAGUGUGAAGGCACCGUGGUUCCCCAAGCACGCCUCCGAGCUGGAUAACUGCAACCAUCUGAUGACCAAGUAUGAGCCCGAUUUGGACAUGAACCAUCCUGGAUUCGCCGAUAAGGUCUAUCGCCAGCGUCGCAAGGAGAUUGCCGAAAUCGCGUUCGCCUUCAAGUAUGGAGAUCCGAUCCCACACAUCAACUACACCGAUGUCGAGGUGAAGACCUGGCGUUCAGUUUUCCGCACCGUUCAGGAUCUGGCACCCAAGCAUGCUUGCGCUGAAUAUCGUGCCGCCUUCCAGAUGCUGCAAGACGAGCAAAUCUUUGUCGACCAUCGUCUGCCCCAGUUGCAGGAAAUGUCCGAUUUCCUGCGCAAGCACACCGGAUUCUCACUUCGUCCAGCUGCUGGUCUGUUGACGGCUCGCGACUUCCUCGCCUCGUUGGCCUUCCGCAUCUUCCAGAGCACCCAGUAUGUGCGUCACGUCAACUCGCCGUACCACACACCCGAGCCCGAUACCAUUCAUGAGCUCUUGGGUCAUAUGCCGCUGCUGGCGGAUCCUAGCUUCGCACAGUUCUCCCAGGAGAUUGGACUGGCCUCGCUGGGCGCCUCCGAUGAUGAAAUCGAAAAGCUAUCCACGGUCUACUGGUUCACUGUUGAGUUCGGUCUCUGCAAGGAACACGGUCAGGUCAAGGCCUACGGCGCUGGGCUCUUGAGUGCCUACGGCGAGCUGUUGCAUGCCAUCAGCGAUAAGUGCGAGCAUCGUGCUUUUGAGCCGGCAACUACCGCUGUGCAGCCGUAUCAGGAUCAGGAGUAUCAGCCCAUCUACUAUGUGGCCGAGAGCUUUGAGGAUGCCAAGGAUAAGUUCCGUCGCUGGGUGAGCACCAUGUCGCGUCCAUUCGAGGUGCGCUUCAAUCCACACACCGAACGUGUCGAGAUCUUGGACUCGGUCGACAAACUUGAGACUUUGGUGCAUCAGAUGAAUACGGAGAUCUUGCAUUUGACCAAUGCCAUUUCCAAGCUGCGGCGCCCAUUCUAGAGUAAUAACCAUGCAAAAUGCUCUAAACACCAAUCCUCCCAAAAAACAAAAACAACCCCUAAGGAAAAAGAAAAACAUACAGGUGCAACGGUCUCAUUUUAUACAAAUUAAUUUUAAAUUGACAUACCACACACACACAUACACACACCCACACACACACAUACCCUUUGAAAAAAUUAUGAAUUGAAGCACCGCAAUUUUGAAUCAAGUCUUGCAUAUUUUUUGUUUCGUUUUGGAUUCUUUUAUGUUUUAUUUUUUCCUUCUCACCUCACACCACACACCAUACACACAUUUAUUGUUCAAUUCACAACCCACAAUAACUUUGUGCAUUGCAUAUUUAUUAUCCCCCACUAAAUAAUAUUGGACCAAAAAAUCGUUAGACUUGUAAGUGAUGUGAAACAAAAGAUAACAAACAAAAAAAAAAAGAAAAGAAAAGAAAAACACUUCAGCACACAGAUUAGUAGAAAGCACAAUACAACCGCUGUAUACUCAGCCCACAUAUUGUUUUUGUAUUAUUUUCAUAUAAUUCUAUUACUUAAAAUGCAUAUAUGUGAACGCGAUCAAAAUAUACAUUCAAUAGCUUAAAACAGUUUAGCAUUCUAUACACUAUAUAAAUACAACUGUAUUUGUAUUCUUGUAGUGGAUGAAAUAUUUGAUGAAAAAGUUGAGAUGAAUUUUCUUACAUUGUACAAUAACUGGAAGCGACAAUAUUACAAUUGUGUACUAUUAUUAUUAUCUAUUAUUAUUAUUUGUAUGACUAUUAUGUAUUGUAUUGUAGGUAUGUAGAGUUUAUUAUUUUACUUAUCUUAAGUUUUGUGUAUUAAUAAAGUUUAAAAUACUAUUGAAAAAUUA